UUUUCAUCUUGCUGCCGUCUCUUUCCUUUGCAAAAUCACUCUUCUUCAUCACUCUCCAGUAGAACCAACAGAACCAACAAGAAUCUCUGUACAAUAACCUGGCGAAUAUGAAGCAAAAGAUAAUUAUAAAGGUGCAAGUGAGAUGUGACAAAUGCAGGUCCAACGCCAUGGAGACAGCCGCCGCCGCAGAUGGUGUAAUCUCUGUGGCACUAGAUGGGGAAUACAAAGACAAAGUAGUGGUGAUCGGAGAUGGAGUUGACGCAGCCGACUUGACAAUUCAAUUGAACAAGAAGCUUGGCCAUGCGAGCUUAGAAAUGGUGGAAGAAGUUCAGGAGAAUGUAGGCAACGAAAAUGAAGACCAAGCUACACAACCACCUUCCAGUCCAAGUUCUCCAACUACACCAUAUCCACCAUGUUAUUAUCAAAAUAGUUGUGAGUAUGAAUUAUUUAGAGUUGUUAUUGAUCCUCAACCAAGCUCCUGCACCAUCAUGUAAACUGCAAUUCAGUUAUAUAACCUCUUCUUCUUCACCCUUUAUGGUUUAAGUACUUACAGAUUGUACCUUGA